UCUCCCUCACCCCACGCCUCUCACUCGUUAUCAAGUCUUGGACUGUCGUUUUCGAUAACCCUUUUCUCAAUUUUCGAUAUCAUCAGCUUUUGCUCAGCAAAUAUCUCAACCGUCAAAAUGAAGUUCUCCACCACCCUGAUUGCCCUCGUUGCUGCCGGUCUGGCCAACGCUCAGCUCCCCGACGUCCCCAGCUGCUCGCUGAGCUGCUUCGUCUCUGCCCUGACCACCGAUGGCUGCUCGUCCUUGACCGACUUCGCCUGCCACUGCCAGAAGCCCGCCCUCGUCAGCACCAUCACCCCCUGCGUGCAGAAGGCCUGCGCCGUUGCUGACCAGAUCUCCGUCUCCAACGCCGUUGUCGCCCAGUGCUCUUCCGCUGGCCACCCCAUCUCGGUGCCCCCAAUUGAGACCACCUCCGCCGGUUCCACCACCAGCGCCUCCUCCUCGGCCUCUGCCACCGACAGCUCCAGCUCUGCUUCCGCCACCGACUCUAGCUCCUCCUCUGCCUCGGCCUCGGCCUCCGCCACUGCUACCGGUGGUUCCAGCAGCUCCUCCUCCGCUGCCGGCUCUUCCGCCGCUGGUUCCACCGCCGCUGGCUCUUCCACCCCUCUGCCCUCCAAGACCUCUGGCGGUGCUUCCAGUGCUACCACCUCUGCCGUCUGGACCGGUGCUGCCGUCAACGUCAAGGGCAACAUGGCCGGUGUUGCUGCCGUUGCUGCUGCCGCUGCUUACAUCCUGUAAAUAUAGCUAAACUUAAUUGUU